CAGAUCACUUGGCGAAGGAGCCAGUGGAAGACACAGACCCUAGCACCAUAUCCCUUAACAUGUCAGACAAAUAUCCCAUUCAAGAUACGGGACUCCCUAAAGCCAAGGACUGUGAUCCAAUUACUUUGAACUGCCCGACAAAUUCUGACGUGCGACAGCAGGGAGAAGAAAAUGGCUUUGCAGACAGUACCGGAGAUCCCCUUUCAGAGAGAAGCCAGGCCGCGUCCUGCGCGGAGAAUGGCACCUGUUCCUCCUGCUCCCUCCGGGCCCCCACCAUCAGCGACUUGCUCAACGACCAGGACUUACUGGACGUGAUCAGGAUAAAGCUGGACCCCUGUCACCCAACGGUCAAAAACUGGAGGAACUUUGCGAGCAAGUGGGGCAUGCCCUACGACGAGCUCUGCUUCCUGGAGCAGAGGCCGCAGAGCCCCACCCUGGAGUUCUUGCUGCGGAACAGCCAGCGGACGGUGGGCCAGCUGGUGGAGCUGUGCAGGCUCUACCGCAGGGCCGACGUGGAGAAGGUGCUGCGCAGGUGGGUGGACGAGGAGUGGCCCAGGCGGGGGCGCGCGGACCCCCGCAGGAACCUCUGACACCUGCGCCUCCUCCCCAGCCCCUCAGGGCCGAGGCAGCCCGGGUUAGGGAGCAGUGGGGGGAGGGCACGGCUCAGCCGCAGAGCACACGCUUAGCGUGAUUAGGUCCUGGGUUCAACCCCAGGGCCUCCUGUAAAUAGUUAAACCUGAUUACCUGCCCCACCCCCCGCCGAAAAAAAGGAGCGAUGAGAAUCCAUCCUUGUUUAAGUUGAGGAUAAGGACGUGGAACAGCAGACACUGGUUUUCCCCAAAGCUGGUGGUUUUGUGCAGGGGUGGGGUAUGUUUCUGGUGGCGGAUUUUCCUUUAGUUUUGCACAUCUGUUUUAAUUUAACAUUUGAAUCUGGAAAAACUGGGAAAAAUAUGUCAUAGGCUCCUCCAGGGACCAGGGCCAAAGCCUGCAAUCAGAGUGGACUCAUGUGUGAUGCGAUGGAAAUAAAAGUGCCCUCUCCCUUAAAUACUGCUGACCGCUGAAAUCAGAACCAAGAUUCGUGGUGGCCCCAGACAGUCGUCCUGCACAAGGGCCGCUGUGACGGGGGGCACUCCCACGGCUCAGAAGGACGCGGCACAGAGGGGUCACCCAACAGCCUGUCACUUUCCUUGCUGUAAAGGACGCAGGCGGACUGACAGCCUGUUACGUUGUGUGGCGAUGCCCCUCAGACCCCACGUGCCGUCUUUCUUGCUCAGACACUCGUGUAGUCUCUACACGAUCAAAGAGGCCGUCACUCGGGUGUCUCUGAAGGAAGCGCAAAGCCCAGUGGCUGCUGGGAGGGCGGAGUCAGGAAUUGGCAGCGUGAGCAGGGCCCCGGGAGGGCGUGACAGGGAGUCCACCAAGGCCCUCUCGGCGCCCGUGGCCUUUUAAAAACUAGUUCAAUAUUUACUUUCACAUCUUUUCUAUCAGGCUGUUUCACCCCUGAGAGGAAGCUCAGUUAAGAAACAAAUAAAAAUCACCUGGCCCGUGGGUGGAGUGGAAUUCCCUCAGCACCCAUUUACCCAGCUGAAAACAGGGCCCAGCGACACCACGCAGCACGCUAGCCGAGGAGGGGGGCUCCUUCACGGUGAUGCUCGGUGGGAAACUGUGCGUUAAAAUCCAGAUUUUAAAGGAUCUUAAACCAAGUGGAAAAUCGGGUCCCGAGAAUCUCCAGUGUUCUUCUCCGAGGGUUUCCUGUAGAAGGUGUCGGGGACGGGAGAGUUUGUUACUAGGCAGAUGAGAUUUUCUAGGUUUGGGGGGAAGAAAAGAGAGAAGCUGUGGUCUCCCCAACGCUUUCCUGGAAGUGCCAUUUGGUUUUGCCAGGGCUUUAGAAAAUUAAGGCACAUCGUCCAAUUUAGGAGGAUUCCAUGAUUAAAAUAAGCAAAAAUGAUGAAUAACAUCGAUCAGAGUACAAGAAAGAGUAGGAUUAAUGCCAAAGAAAGUUGUUUUCUAAACCACUGACUUCCUUUUCCACUGACGGUUACAGAGGGGUUUUAGGAGGUUGCCAGGAAGCAGCCUCACCAUCGAAUGUGGACUCUAAACUCGCAGAAUUACCACUGACCCGUCACUUCUGGUUCAGUCAGCGACAGUCACACCGAGCUCAUCCCCUCUUGUCAGAGUUAUCAGAUAAGUGUCAGGCUUAUCAAAAGAUGGGCUAAAAGUAACAGCCACUAAUAAAAUGUAGAGAUUGUUAAAA